AUGCAAGCUAAUCAUCCAAGUGUACAAGGUAAACGAUUAUUUACUGCCAUGAUUUCAAUAGCAAAAAAAGAGGGUAUUCGAGGUCUUUGGAGUGGUGUUCUACCUACAGUUCAACGAGCAGCUAUUGUUAGUGGUGUUGAAUUAGCUGUGUAUGAUUUUGCGAAACAACAAUUAAUAUGUCGAUUUAAUAGUUCAGAUACAAUUGGAACUCAUUUUCUAUCGUCGUUCAUAGCUGGUUUUGCUGGUGCUUUCACCAGUACACCAAUAGAUGUUAUACGAACUCGUUUAAUGAAUCAAGAAAAUUUACAGUCACGUGGUACGUUAACAUCAACUUCAAUACCUUAUAAAGGUAUUAUAGAUUGUUUUAUUAAAACUACUCGAAAUGAAGGCUUUUUUGCAUUAUACAAAGGUUUCUUUCCUUCUUGGCUUCGACUAGGUCCUUGGAAUAUUGUUUUCUUUAUUGUAUUUGAACAAUUAAAAGCUUUAGAUAGAACAUUCGAGAACAAAAAUUCUAGGAGAAUAGAUCAACAUUUAUAA